AUGUCUUGCGAUGCCUGCCCCCCCGACAUAUUAGCUCGCUGGAAAACCGCCGGUGCAGAUAUCGUGGGCGCUGUUUUGCUUGGUGUCUUGGGCUUCAAGCCUCAUAUGUUAGCGCCUGAAAAAACCAAGCCUCUAUCUGCACUAUGGCGCUCUGGCCUAACCACGCAAGGCCAACGGAUCUGUGCCCAUCACGCGCUACGAAAUCGAACGGCCACCUCACAUUCUCAUGCUCCCUGGUUUCGUCAUAGCAAAAUCGCACGGGCUAGAGCUAGUGUCGUCCCGUGGCUAGUGGUUUCGCGGCUAGAUAAUGGACUGACCAGGAACGGGCGGGAAUGCCUCUUCUCGUGA